UCCAGACUGAGAUGGUUUGGACAUGUUCUGAGGAGAGACAGAGAAGAUAUUGUUUGAAAGAUUCUGAGUCUAGAGUUGCAGGAAAGAGGUCUAGAGAAAGACCAAAGAGGAGGUUUAUACAAAGAGGAAAGGAUGCAGAAGACGGUUAGAUGGAGCAAACUCAUUGGCUGUGGAGACCCUGAAGGGAAAGCCCAAAAGGAAAAGAUGAUUUAAACACACAGGAGAAAAAUGACAUUAUCCAGGGAAAAGUUAUAAACUAAAAAGUAACUUUAAAAAAGUGCAUUAGCAGAUGAAGAUCUACAUUUCCUCCACAGAAUUUCCUCUUUAUCCAAAUAUUUCUUCCUUGUGUUCCUGUACAGCAUUUAUUUUAUUUAUUUUUAAUAGUUGUUCCAGUUUUUAAAAUGUACUCUUACAUUUAAAUGUAAACUCGUGUGGUUCAUAGCGCACCCACGAGAAGAAAAGAGCUUUUUAGUGAAGGUCGGCUUUGGACCCUUCUGUUUGGAGGAUGACUUUUAUUAAAUGAUAAUCAGAUCUUUAAUGGAGGCUAUUUGAUAUUCCAACUUAAAAUGAAAUGAACAAAAAAAACAUGUGGAGGCUAAUUAAUAUUAAUUAAUAUUCCAACUUAAAAUGAAAUGAAAAAAACAAAAGAAAACGUGGGCUGUUGAAUAUUCCAACUUAAAAUGAAAUGAACAAUUCAAACAAAAACAUGUGGGGAAGGCAAGGCUGGUAGGGCCCAAGUGAGCGUGCUUCACCUGAUUGCACUUGCUGAUGCAACCGACGGCUCGGCUUAGUAUGCCUACCAGUCUGACCUGCCAUCCGGUCAGACCUGCCCGCCUUCCCUGCUACUGAUCCCGUCAGCACUGAGGAUCAGUAUCACACGGAGCAACUCCCAGCGCUAAGAGAAGCUCAAGGGGGGUUUGGUCACGAUCGGUUAAGAUAAAAGUCAACAAAGCGAAACAAGAAAGUUUUUUUAAAAGCUACAAUAAACAUAUCUGAACAUCUUCUCUUCAUAAACAAUGCUCAUUCAGUUGUAACCAAAGAAGACAUAAAGUAAAACCAUCAAAGUGGCUUUAGCCCUAAAGCAGAUGGUGAGAGUCGGAACAAGUGAAUAAAGCGGGAGAUGCCGGUGUGAUGAGGUAAUGUCAGCCCACAGUUCAUCACACCAUCAUUACCAGAGGCAGCAACACUGAAUAAUGAGCCUCUGCAGGCAUCUUUUCCACUUUCAUGGUAGUUUGGUUGUAAAAGUGAAACAAUUAUUUGUGAAAGAAUCUCAUGUUUUCUGCAGCCUGGCGCUCUUUAAACUCGAGAGCCUGUCUGGUGUUCUGCGUCCCAACACCUACUGAGGGUGUUUGGUGCUCUGAACUGGCCGCCAGCGUGUGCCACACAGUCUGCAUGUGGUCACAGUGCGGGUAGUUAAUAAAGAUUUAUGAGCUUCUUUAAUCUGAUCGUCUGACCGAUGCAGUGCGACCACACCCCUCCCUGAGGACUCAUUAGACGGCAUCAAACACACCAAAGUGACUAGACAUGCAGCAUAUGAAAGGACGCUCCAGCACAGACUGUUGGAGAGGAGCAGAGUGACAGAUGACAGCCUGGGACAGACUCAAACCCUCAAGAACAGGUUGUGUCAGGAACGAUGACGAUGAAGAUGAUGCUGAAACUGGGUUUUCUCCCGCUGAUCCUCGUCUUAACCUCUGAUGCAGCUGCACCAGAAUUUUUAUUUAAAGCCAAAGAGGAACGAUGGCGGGACGAAAAAUCUGCAUGUGGUUCUGGAGCGUCAGGCAGCUGCGUGGGUCGCUGCGGCGAAGCUUUCACCAGAGGUCAGCCGUGUACCUGUGACUUCAGCUGCAUGCAGCAUAACGAGUGCUGUCCUGACUUUGAAGCUUCCUGCACUGCAGUUCGAUCCUGUCAGGGCCGCUGUGAUGAGCUGUUCAGGAGAGGGCGCCCGUGUGACUGCGAUCGCCAGUGUGUGCUCUUCAACACCUGUUGUCAUGACUACCAGCCGCAGUGUGGCUCUCAUCACAGACGACACCAACCUGUGGUGAUCAAGACCUCGAGAAACAGGAAAACUGAAAUGAGCCAAGAAACCUCCAACAGUGAGAGCGAGGAGUCACACUCGGUGCAGGGCCGCUGUCCUCAGUGUCGUGGUGCUCAGCGUCAAAGUUCAUUCGGCCUGUUCAAACCCAGAGUCGUCGGCUCAUCUGGCCCCGCCUCUCCUUCCUCUCCAGCCAAUCACCUCCAACACGGUGGGGGUAACGUCCCUGCUGCACUGUUGCCCUCGCCCUCCUCCCCUCAGGGCACCCUGCCACACGUCCCUGCCCCAGGACCUUCCCAGCCCAACCUCAGUGCUUCAGCUUCAGGCAGCAGCACACCUCAAAAGCCCUCUGGUUCUGGAGGUGGCAAACUGAAAGUCCAGAUGCUGCUGUAUCCAGGAGGAUUCCAUCCAUCCGGGUCAGGUCAAGUCAGUGGUUCAGCUGGGUCCAGACCCAGUUCUCUGCAGGACAUGCUGCAGACGCUGGGCCUCUCUGUGGUUCAGGAAGCUCCUGAGGCUUCAGGAGGAGACUUGUCUUCUGGCGUGGACCUGUGCGGCGAUGCCUUCAUCAAUGGACUCACAGCUCUCAACAAUGGGACCAUCCUGGUCUUCAAAGGUGACCUGUUGUGGUCGGUGGAGCCCCUCAGUCACUCAGUAGGAACCCCUCAGAGAAUCACAGAGACUCUGGGCAUCCCGUCCCCCAUCGACACCGCCUUCACUCGCACCGACUGUAACAGGAACACCUAUAUCAUCAAGGGGGAUCAGUACUGGCAGUUCGAUGGAAACAUGGUGAUGAAGCCGGGCUUCCCUAAACCUUUGACCUCUGAGUUUCCAGGCCUUACAGGAAGCAUCAGCGCGGCGCUGGCUGUGCCCGCCACCAGCAGUAGUCCAGAGACCGUCUUCUUCUUUAAGGAAGGAGACAUAAUGUUGAGGUUCACCUUCCCACCGUGCAGCACCCCUUCACUCAGGGAGGAACCAAGGAACUCUUUGAAGAAAAACUUUGCCGGUCGGACUGCAGGUGCUCUUCUGAGUGGAGAAUUCAACAUCAGAGUGUCUCUGAAGGCCUUUCCCACCCCGGUCACUGCCGCACUCUCCAUGCACACUCCUCAGGGGAGUGACAGAUACCAGCACUUCAUCUUCUCUGGACCUCUCUUCUUCAAAGUCCACAUUACAGGUGAUCUACCUGCUGUUGCAAAACCUGACCCCAUUGAGACCCUGACACCUCUGCUCCUCAGACCAGCUGCCAUGGCGACCAACCCUGCCAGCACGGCAGGUCAGAGCCUCAACUCUCCACAUCCAGUCAACUCCAUCAGAUUCUGGCUGCACUGUCCCUAGGAGAUGGAACAACUUUUCCUCUUUUUUCCUGCCUAACACAUGAAUCUUUUAUUAAAGCAAUGCUGAACAACUGAAA